AUGUUGACUAUGGUGACAAAGAUGAAAAAGAAUGCAGUGGCUGAGGGCCGACUGGAGGUCCUGCAGAUCUACAAGCUCCUGCAGUUCGUACGUGAGGGAAAUAAAGCCCAGGUGGAGAAGAUGGUGCGUGUCGGCAUGCCGAACCUGAUCAAUCUGACAGAGCCAAGUGAGGGAACCGGUGUCCUUCACCUGACCUCUGUCUCCAAUGAUCUGGAUACAGCUGAGUUCCUCCUGUGUCUUGGAGCUCACCCUGAUGUUCAGAAUAAGAGAGGACACACUCCGGUCAUACUCGCUGCAGAGCUCGGCCAUGACGCUAUGCUGGCUCUCCUGGCAAAGAAUCAUGCCGAUAUGAACCUGGUGGAUAACGAGGGGAAAGGAGUGCUGUUUUAUUGCAUCUCUCCGUCACAGAGACACACACGCUGCCUGCAGGUGGCACUCAACAGCAAAGCAGACGUCAACAACACAUCCAACGCAGGGAAACCGUUGUUUCUUCUCGCCUGUGAACAUGCCAAAGAGUGUGAGAACAUCUGCAUUAGGAUUUUAGAGAGUGGAGCUGAUCCUAACGCCACUGAUCAGAUGACGGGGCGGACGGCUCUGAUGGAGGCAGCGAGGGCCGGCUCAGUGGCGUUAGUGAGACACAUCCUGCAGAAAGGAGGAAACCCGAACAUGGUGGAUAAACAGCAGCAGAACGCUGCUCAUCUCGCUGCAGCUGGAGGAUUCUUACAGGUGUUGCAGGUAUUGUCUGCGUACCAGGCAGAUUUCAGUGCAGUGUGUGUGGAGGGAAACUUGGCCCUGCAUGUGUCUGCAGCUGAAGGUCACACGGAGUGCUGCAGGUUUCUGGCACAGAGAGGAUGCAACCCAAAACUGAAGAAUAAGCACGGUUUGGUUCCAUGUCAGAUCGCAAAAGCACACGACCAUAAGGCGGCAAUGAAGGAGCUGCAGAAGGCAGAGCGAGUAUUUACAAAGUUCUCCAAACCUGGUGUGGUUAAUCCCAAUGAGCUCUGGGCUCUAACGCUGCACGACUGGUCGUGUGAACAUGAAGAAGCACUGAGGAAUGCCUUCCAGCUCCCCGUGGAGUCCGACGCUCCUGUGGAGAAAGUCUCAAGAGAGAAGUUUGCAUAUGUCCUGCAGGAACAUCACGCUCCCGUGGAUCAGGAACAUCUGCAGAAAAUCAUCGCUGACCAUGAUAAGAAGCAUGAAGGUGCGAUUAACAUCAGUGAGUUUUUCAAGGGACUGCAGUACCUUCAGAAAGCAUUUGUCCUGUCGUCCUACCAGCCUAAAAUGAAGAAGAAGAAAGGUGGGAAAGGCAGAAAGGGUGGGAAAGGGAAGACGAAGAAAGGUAAGUCUGUGGUUCCUCUGCCUAUCUGCACACUUCCUCCUGACAUCAUGGAGAAAAGACCAGACGGCAGUCCACAGUUCAUGAUUGAGAGUUAUCAGCCUUUCACUGAUACGAAGCGAUUCGACCGUGACCAUCCACCUGCUCACCCUGUGGAGGACGACUCGGCCUGGUACGUGGACGAGCCGCAGAAGAUCUACACCAACAUCAACCGUUGUGUCCGAACUGGAGACUUCGAGUCGCUGUGUUUAGCAUUCAGCCAGCAUCUCCCUGUGGACAUCAGAGACCGCUUCUACAAAACACCGCUCAUGGCUGCGUGCAGCAGCGGGAGCUACAAGAUGGCCGAGUUCCUCAUCACACUCGGGGCGGAUGUGAAUGCGUGUGAUCAAUUUAAAUGGACUCCUCUUCAUCACGCGUGUCACGCUGGACAGCCCGACAUAAUGGAGCUGUUAGUGAAGCACGGAGCGGUGGUGGAUGCUGUGGCGUUAAAUGGAGCCACGCCACUAAUGAAGGCCAUCGAGAGCUGCAGACUCUCCUGUGUCCAUCAACUCAUCACAUCCAAUGCUAAUGUACAGGCCACAAACAACAAGGGACAGAACUGUUUGGACAUCGCCUGUGUGUAUGGAGACGAGAGAAUCAUCGAUUUGGUCAAAACCAAGUUUGACAGCCUUUCCAAAUGCAAAGACAAUAAAAAAGGAAAAGGAGGAAAAGUCAGCGCAGCACCUCAGAAAACAGUGACUCCUACAGGAGAGACAGAGAAACUGACAGAGAAAGCAGUUGAUGCUGUUCUACCUGACCUGAAGGAGAAGAGAGUGAAUCUGAAAGAACACAUCAUAACCGUGAAUCAGCAUAUCACCAUCACCUCCAACACACACAACAUUCACUUCACACCUAAAACUGUGUGGGGAAGGAGGUUAGCGUCAUCUGCUCAGCAUGUGGAGCGGAGAGUGGACAGAAGGAAUCGUCUCUCAUAUGAGGUGGAUUUCAGUGACUUUGUGAUGCCGUUUAAUAAAAACCUGAUGAGGAAGCUGAGGGAAGUGGGCGUGGCUGAGGAUGAGUAG